AAAUGUUGAAAGAAAAAAAAAGCCUACCCCCAACCGCGAAUCCUUCCAAUUUACCACCUUCCUUUGUCCACUAAACAGAAGCUCAAAGAGCUUCCGAGCGGGAAGGCCACGAGCUUCGGCGGGUCCUACCUCCAACAAAGCCGCUUUGAGGCAGAUUAUCAUGGGCGAUGUUACAGAAAUAGCCUUUCAGGUGGAUAUCGAUGGGGCCGGUAGCUCGGGCACUCAGGACUAGUAUAUAAGCUGAAUGGCCUCAACCCACGAUGUAAGUCGGCCAGCGUCAGGUCUUUUUGCCCAUCUCUGCAUUCCUUCACAGCCUGUCGGCCAGUCAUUCCUUCUAAACAAAUCAAGUAUAUUUGUUUAAUUUUUUCUACCCACUCUCCUUUUUCACAAGAAAAAAUUCUUAAGAUGCGUUUCAGUGUCUUGUCAUUCCUUACUUCUGCGGCGGCCGUGUCCGCCGCUGUCAUUCCCUCCUCCUCCUCUGCCCCCGAGAAGCGCGGCGGCUCUAUCUCCGUGACACCGCACGACAGCUACUCGUCCUCCAUCGGGGUGCUCGGCUGCAAGAUCAACACCAACCGCGCGGCGUACUGGCCAUCAUCACCGGACUGCAACAACAUCUGCGUGAAAGUCAGCGCGAACGGGCGGUCCGUGAACCUGCUCAAGGUGGACCAGUCGGGCGGGGCGCACGACAUAUCGUAUGACGCGUGGAACUACCUGUCGACGGGGAAGAACGCGACGGAGGCGCCGACAGCCGGGGGCGGUCUCGCGGCCACGUACGAGGACGUGCCGAUGUCCGAGUGCGCCCACCUCCUGAAGGACGGCAAGCACCUCGCCUUCGCCGCCGCCAACAGCAUGAACUUCAUCACCUCGUGCUCCGCCAACACCUGGGUCGGCAAGAACUACGCUCUCUACAACAUCCUCAACACCCAGUGCACCUGGGGCUACGACGAGCUCUGCCGUAUGCCCGACCCCAGCCAGGGUAACCAGCCCAUCUGCGAGCACACGCUCGGCCUUACCGUGGCGCUGAAGACUUGCCCUGUCUACAACAUCGCUUAUCCUACCGGCAAGCUGUCUAUUGCGGUAUAAGACCACUUUCAUUAUAAAAAAGACUAAAAAAUUGGCGUGGCUAGAAUGGUACUCCUUUAUUUUAGAAAGGAGGGUUUGUUGAGGCAAUUGUGCUUGAGGCACCUUCACUUCUGAUCUCUUCGCUUCGAAUAUUACUACAUACUAUCGGUCACUGUACAUAUUUAGAAGUUGCUGUAUGCUGUAUAUAACAACCUACUUAGCUUAGAACAAGCACUUGCCUCAAUUAUACAUUCACUUUC